AGUCAUAAAUGGAUUUUUGGACGGCUUGUGGCACAAAUUGCUUAUACUGUUUGUGUGUGUGCGCGCUGCAGAAUUCAGGUUUCCUCACAGCAAGGCAAGUGUUGCAAUGUCAAAGCAGCACGUCGAGGACGGGAUACUAUUAAUAGACGCCGCACUUAGAACACACACUUUGAAUAAAAGCUGACAGCAGGCAGGCAUCGCCGAUGUCCCGAUCCGGAUCGGAUCGCGAGUCCGCAGGUGCGGCGGGUUAAAGGAAGAAGCAACGUGGGCCUAAAGAGAGAGGAAGGGUCGGCGUGAUCUUCAACGUGGGAACGGACGACAUCGCCAUCGAGGAGAGCGCGGUGAUGGUGAGCGACGGCAAGUACCACGUGGUGCGCUUCACGCGCAGCGGCGGGAACGCCACGCUACAGGUGGACAACCAGCCCGUCAUUGAGCGCUUCCCGUCAGGGAACUUUGAUAAUGAGCGCCUGGCUAUUGCUAGACAAAGAAUCCCAUACCGCCUCGGUCGGGUAGUUGACGAGUGGCUACUCGACAAAGGUCGCCAGCUGACCAUUUUUAACAGCCAAGCCUUUAUCAAAAUCGGCGGCGGCGAUAAAGGCCGCCACUUCCAGGGCCAGAUCUCGGGCCUGUACUACAACGGGCUGCAGGUGCUCAAAUUGGCCGCCGAGGGCGACCCCAACGUGCAGACGCAGGGAAGCCUGCGCUUGGUGGGCGACGUGCCCUCGGUGCUCGCCACCGAUACCACUUCUACCACGCCGCUGGCUGACAUGUCCACCACCAUUAUGGAGACUACCACCACCAUGGCCACCACCACCACCCGGAAACAGCGCUCGCCCACCAUCCGGGACAGUGUCACGCAGAAUGCGGAUGACGUUUUGGUAGCUUCCGCCGAGUGUCCGAGCGAUGACGAAGAUUUAGAGGAGUGCGAGCCCGGAAACGGAGGUGACAUAGUCUUGCCCAUUAUAACGGUGGACUCAAUAGACCCCCCCUCCAUGGCCACCCGCUACCCAGUAAUCCCCGCACCCCCCACCACUUAUCGCCCCUUCCUCACCUUACUCGAAACCACCAAAGAGUCCCUCCCCUUGCCCAACAUGCGCCCCCCCUGCCCAAUGGACCAGGAGGACUGCGAGGAAAACGUGGAGGCGUCCGCGUACGGCUCGGGCGAGAUGACCGAGUCGGACGACGAGGACUAUUACAAAAACUCCCCCCUGGUCACCGACAGGACCGUCCUCCCCCCUCCCCCUGGAGCCGAGGGCCAAAACCCCCGAGAUCGCCAUUUCUCGCGCCUCCCUUACGACCACCGCCCGCCCGCGUCCUCCGCCCCCACGGCCGACCCCGAUCAGCUCAGCCCCCGCGGCAAGGGGGCGGCCGGCGGAGGCGGCGGCAGCAACAACAUCCCGGCCGGGAAAAUGAACACUCGGGAUCAGGUGCUGCUGCCGCCGGCCCAGCCCUCGUCGGACCCCGGCCACCGCAGGGCGUCGGGAAUAACCUACCCUCCCGAUUUCCCGCACGUUCCCACUCUAGACCCGACGUCCCCCGAGAGAGGUCUCCCGGGCGCCGUGGAGGUGCAGCAGUCCAGCAGCACCACGGGCAUGGUGGUGGGCAUCGUAGCGGCCGCCGCCCUCUGCAUCCUCAUCCUUCUCUACGCCAUGUACAAGUACCGCAACCGAGACGAGGGAUCGUACCAGGUGGACCAGAGUCGCAACUACAUAAGCAACUCGGCCACGCAGCCCAACGGCACCCUGGUGAAGGAGAAGCCGCCGAGCGCCACCAAGACGGCGCCCAAGAACAAGAAGAACAAAGACAAAGAGUACUACGUUUGAGGGAGCGCCGCCAUGACGCACGGCGGCAGCUCGCGUUUGGGAGAGAGAGAACGAGAGAGGCGGGAAACGUGACAUUUGUGCCAGCCAUCCCCGCCCUCCUCGAGGGAGACGGCAAAGCUAACUUUCAGCAUUGCCGGGAAGUCACUUCUCGCUACUUCCUGUGCCAACAACCGAUUGGGUUCACUUCUUUCUUCAGUCCUGUACAGAAGCACCACCAGUAUCCACGAAAGCAGUAUCCAGUGCCACGUCCUCGCCAUCUCUCUCCUCUCUCUCGCUCGCACUCGUGCCAUGUCUACGGUGCUCGGCGGCUGGCGCCACGCGAACUGUGCCGUGUUUCAAGCAUGUAGUAUUCAUCGAGGACAAAGACAUCAACUUUUUUCUUUACGUGGAGUUCUGAGAAGAAGAAAAAAAAAAAAACACCACUAAAACAUUAGUAGCAAUUUUACGUGCGAUAUCAACGCAGAAGACUCCAGACUAACGGUUGGCCAAAUUCACCUUUGGAUGGUCUGUGUCGUGUUUUUGGUGCCCCCUGGUGGGCCAACGGAGAAACUGUCUCUAUGCCAACCGUCAAAGCAGGAAAAAAGCUCGCCAACCGGUCGACCUCUGCUCUGUAUGAUGCUAACGACGGGGACUUGGCCGAGACAGUGUAGCUAUGACUCUGUUGACGUCCGAAGCAUCAGGAACCGUGCGGCCGUCACUCUUCUCGCUUUGCAAAAAGGACAGAAUGGGAAUUCUGCAGCGGACUGGACUGAAGAGCAGCCUUUGUGGUUCUUUGUCGACUCCCUGGAAGACGAGAGUUCCCAAGUACUCUAGUGUUCCAAUUUUCUCAGCUCUAUUAAAAGAAGACAAAUGUACCAUGAUAAGAAAAAAAAAAAGCCGAAAAAAGUUUGUGAAAUGUCUCAAUAUUUGCCAUCACAAAGAGAACCGUGUUCCCUCCUAACCAUCAUUCCUGUUUGCUAAACGAAAAAAAAAAAUCCUGGGCAAUGAGGAAAAGCUCUUUUGUUAUCGGUUUGCCUUUGGUCAAAUUGGGGUAUGUGCUUGUUCAUCAAAUUUAUGUUUUGUCCUUUUUUUUUUUUUUUCUGUAUGGCAGAUCGUAUGUCACUUUUACCCACCUGACUGUUUUUUAUUGAUUGCUUUUUCUAUCUCUUUGCGUCUGUGUACUGACAGACUUGCUGCCACAUUUUCUUUUCUGUUACUCCCCCCCUCCUCCAUCUCCCUGUUCUUUCUAAAUGUUAUUGUAAAGUGUUACAGUGAGAUGACUCCAAAUAUGUGUACAUUAACAGAGGGAAUACACUUGGUUAUAUACUUCUUA